GAGGAGGGGAUGGGGCCCAGACGUCAGCCAGGGCCAGCCCCCUCGUCUUCCCCUUCCUCUCUCCACUCCUCCACCACCACCGGCCGCCUCGCCCUCCCCGCCGGCCAUGGCGCUCGUCCUGCCCGACAUCACCGUCGCCACGAUCGAGGAUCUCCACGUCCUCGCCAUGCUCGAUGAGCCGCGCUUCAUCGACCUCGUCUCCAUUCCCGCCGUCCGCCGCGCAGCCGAGUUCGAGGUCGCCAUCACGCCGAAGGUGGACUACGAUGGGUGGGUCUGCAACAAGCUCGAGGAUCUCCGGCGCGUCAGGCGCUUCGACGACCUCCUCACCGACCUCCAGAAGAGGAUCCUCCCCAUGCUCGGCAACAACCCCGACGACAAGGCGGCCCUCCGCAAUCUCCGUACAUGCGGGUACGCAAUGUGGAGCGUUCGUCAACAUGCUCACCCCUCCCUCCACAACCUCGUCGGGUUCUACUCCAACACGGUGACCCGGAAGGCUCGCCAAGCUCUGGAUCCGUACAAGGCCUACACGAUCAAGCAGGAGUGGCUGCACGCCAUGGCGCUUCGGGUGGAGGGAUCCCGGUCUGCUUUCAUGCCGUUCGACAGCGACUACGUGCCACCAUCUCCGCCCAUGCCCACCAUCGUCGUCAGCUCGCUCGUCGAUGUCCACGGCGUGCGCUUCGCCAUCGACCCGCACCGCGUCGAGCUCGGCGCCGUCGACGCCGUCCGCCUCGCCCCGGAGUACCUCCACAUCCUCCUCGAGAAGGUGGAGCAGGAGGGAUGGAUCUGCCCGACGCUCCCCGCUCUGCGCCACGUCGCUCGCUUCGCCAACCUCCUCACCGAUCUCCAGGAUCGCGUCCUCCCCGGGCUCCUCAACGACCACACCGACCCAGCCGUCCUACGCAAGCUCCGCACCUGCGGGUGUGGGAUGAAGAAGCUGCGUGCCGUCGCCAAGGGUCCUCUCCUCCGCUUGACGCGCCUCUUCAGCAACUGCCUCACCCGCCACGCUCGUGACGCGCUCGACGCCCGGAAGGACUUCCGCAUCUCUGCCGAUUGGAUCGAUAAGAUUGCAGUUCGCGUCGACAGGUGUCUCACUAUACCACUUCAUCUUCACCACCACCUGGAGGACCCGUUCGUUGAUCAUCUCCAUGAUCUCCCCUGAGUUGAGUGCCACCCUGAUGUCGAGUUGUACAGACCUCGCUAAGUCCCACUAAGAUGUCGUUUUAGUCGUACAAGGAUGAACCUCCCCUGCGUCCCGUCCUAGUCCUAAGAUGUCUUUGAGUCUUACAAGGAUGAACCUCCCCUGCGUCCUAAGAUGUCUUUGAGUCGUACAGGGAUGACAGUCUGAUGUCUUUCAGUCGUAUAUACAGAUCUCCUAUGAGUCAUUUGAUAUAUAAAAUUUCCAUUAAUAAUCUACUUUAGGA